AUGGAUGGAGCGGAGGAGGAGGGCGGGGAUCUGAGGAUCCAGGACCAGGAUCAGGACCAGAGCCGGAGUCCAGCCGCUUCGGAGCAAAAGUGUCCCGCCCUGUGCGACGUGCUUCACGGCUCCAUCCAGGACCGAGAGAACAGCCCCAUGAUGCGAGCCACCCUGUGUGGGCAGGUGUGUAAGCUGUACCGGUUCCAGACGGAGGACGGCCGCUGGCUGCUGGUUCUGGAGCAGAUGUCCGAGACGCCGCUGUGCUUCUCGCUGCCCAAACAGCUACUGAGCGCGCUCAGUGUGGAGCACACCAACAGGAUCCUGGAUCUGAACGAGCUGGGCGAGCUCCCCCCCCACUGGGCCGGACUUCGCCAGGACGUGGUCCAGCACUGUAACCAGCUCAUCGCCCUCUACCAGGAAACCCUGACGGAGAUCGACAAACUCUCAGAGGGCGAUGAGCUGGUUACAGUGCUGGACCACGUCCUGGCGAAGUCCGGCCCAGUGGGGGGGGAGUUCACCCAGCUCGUUCAGAUCCAGGAUCCUGAGGCAGAACGAGAGCAGGAGAACCUCAAACCGGCCCACAGCCGAGUAUAG